AUGUGGAUUCUCGAUUCGACCGGUGACUUUCUAGAAAGGAAGCGCGUAUGGCUGCGCCCUGGAAAGAAGUAUUUAUUUGGUCGAUUCUAUCGAGAUGGAGUCCGCCAUGCUGUCAACCACAAUUCGAUAUCCCGCAAGCAUAUGACCAUUGAAAUCUCACCGGUCAACCCGAGAGAUGGUUUAUCACCACGAGCGCGAUCGAAUAUCAUUAUAACCGAUUUGGACUCGAAGAAAGGAACUGUCGUUGACGAAAGAAGAAUCCAAGGAGAAUGCAAGUUGGAGAAGAGCGAUGAGCAUGUCAUCCAGCUCGCAAAAUACCAGCAUGCGCUCCGGAUCAAAUGGGAGCCCGUGGUUCUAACCUUGUCAGCCUCAUCCAAGGCGGUGCGAGGUGAGGAUCCUCUUUCCCACGUUCGCUCACGUUUAGAAGACCUCGACAUCAAGACCGUCAUGGAUUAUAUCGUUGAUCACACAACACAUGUGGUACAGCGUAAACGGAAUACAGCCAAGGGUCUUCAGGCACUCGUCAACGGAAAGUACAUAGUAGAUGAUUCAUAUAUCGAUGCACUCGUCUACGCAGCUACCCCCGGUGAUCUCGAGAACGUCGAGUCACUCUGUCCGCUCGAAACCGACUUCGAAUUGGCCUGGCCCGAUCCAACCAAACACCUCCCGCCUCCUGGGAAAGAGCCAACUCAGCGUCCUGCCGCUGCUUUCGCUCCGAAUUCCGCACGUCUUAAUGUCUUUGAGGGUUAUACGUUUAUCUUCGGUGAUUCAGCCCAGUUUGAAAACCUGCAAGGCCCAAUCAACAAUGGCCAGGGAAAGGCGCUUUUCUACGAAAUUGAAGAUGAGGUCACAACUGCCGCAGAUAUCGUUCGGUUCAUGAAAAAGGCUGCAGGACGGAAAGGCGUGGGCAGUGAGCGACACGGCCCCGGUGGUGUCGUUCUUGUUCGCUUUCGGUCAAAAGGAGAUCUCGAGCAAUGGUCUAUUGACAUCGGUAAUGAAGUGGCUCUAAUGACGGACCAGCGUGUGAUAGAGCAACGGGAGUUCCUUGACGCGAUUCUGGGAAAUGAUGCAUCACCCCUCUGCCGUGCCUUGCCUACGGAGGAGAGCUCUAGUCAGAUCUCCGCAUCUACACCAGCUGUCGAAGCUGAACAAACAAGCCAAGCCAUCGCUAUUGUGUCCCAAUCGGUAUCGCCGCCUGUUCCUGAGCCUAGCCAGCCCUCGAAAUCCCAGGCGAAGAAUCCCCGUGUGCGUGCAUACAUUAGUAAAAUGAAAACCUUCGAUGACGGAUUCGACAUGGAAUCUGUCCCAGUGUAUGCGCCUGAAGAAGAGGACAGCACCAAUAUCAACUCCACUCAGACCAUGGACGUUGAAACUCAAGCGCCCUCCCAAGCAACGCAGCCCUUGGAUAUAGUAAAGGAAGAACCAGAGGAGGAUCUGGUCGCUGAUCUUCUCCCGGGCGCCCGUGCAAUGAAGCGUCGUCGUGCGGAAAUGACUCGCUACCACCCAGAGAGUGAGGAUGUAAUCGCCAACUCCGAGGCCCCAAAACGCAAGCGGCCUAAACUCGACGUGCUCGAAGCCGCACGGAAGCACCGGGAAGAUGAAGAACAACAACGCAAGGAAGACUCACACCCAGCCGACAUGGGCGAUGUGGAUGUGGACCAAUUGAAGAACCUCGCCAUCGUGGAAGAAAUGGACAUUCCCAUCCGUAACGCACCCAUGCGCGAGGAUGAAAGCUCGGAUCGAUGGGACAAUCAAUGGAAUGGGCGCAAAAAUUUCAAGAAAUUCCGGCGAAAGGGCGAGCCGCGUAGUCGAGCUCGCAUCCAGACGGUGAUCGUUCCCCUAGAAGAAGUGACUCGCAAAGACUAUGGAAUCGGCGAUCACUAUUGGGGCAGCAAUUCUGCUGAGACGAACUCUCGAAUCGAGGUUGAAGGUGCAGACUCUGAGGACCAUCGUGAUGAAGUUGCUCCACGCUCCGAGCCGUCAGUGACUGCACGCAUCUCACCUGAACCAACUCCAGACCCAACUCCGGCUCGGCGUGCGAAGAGGCCUCGUGAGGAACGCGAUUCGGAUAGCGAUGAUGGACUUCGUUUCCGUUUCAGGCGUAAGCGCUAG